ACAGCACCGUGGACGCAUCAGGCUGGCCGAAAAUUCAGAUAUCAUUCAAACGGCGGCCGUAACUUAUUGAGCAUGGCUUCCAGGGAUCCUGUUCCGCGAUCUGACAUCAAGUAGAACAUAAAAGAGGAGGUGGAGGUCGGCCCUGAACCUGAAGAUGAGGCGUCUGUCGCGGAGGAAAGCCCUGAGCCUGGUGAGGGAGCUGGAUGCCUUCCCCAAAGUGUCAGAGAGCUACGUGGAGACCACAGCCUCCGGAGGAACAGUGUCUCUGAUAGCUUUCGGUGCCAUGGCUCUUCUGGCUGUCUUAGAGUUCUUUGUUUAUAGAGACACUUGGAUGAAGUAUGAAUAUGAAGUUGACAAGGACUUUUCCAGUAAACUGAGAAUAAACGUUGAUAUUACAGUCGCCAUGAAAUGCCAGCAUGUUGGAGCAGAUAUUCUGGACCUGGCUGAGACGAUGAUCACGUCCAGCGGCCUCCAAUACGAACCUGUUAUUUUUGAACUGACUCCACAACAGAGACUGUGGCAAAGGACGUUGCUUCUCAUACAGAACAGGCUGAGAGAGGAACACGCUCUUCAGGAAGUCCUUUACAAAACUCUGCUCAAAGGAGGUCCCACUGCGCUGCCACCACGGGAGAUAGCAUCUAUGGAGCCGCUCAACGCCUGCAGGAUCCACGGACACGUCUACGUCAACAAGGUGGCAGGAAACCUUCACAUCACCGUGGGAAAGCCCAUUCACCAUCCGCAGGGUCACGCCCACAUCGCAGCUUUUGUGAGCCACGAGACGUACAACUUCUCCCAUCGAAUAGACCAUUUAUCUUUCGGGGAGGAGAUACCGGGCAUCAUCAAUCCUCUGGACGGCACCGAGAAAAUCACCUAUAACAAUAACCAGAUGUUCCAGUACUUUAUCACAGUGGUUCCAACCAGACUGAACACAUACAAGAUCUCUGCAGACACACACCAGUUUUCUGUCACUGAGCGGGAGCGGGUGAUAAACCACGCGGCGGGCAGUCACGGCGUCUCCGGCAUCUUCGUCAAGUACGACACCAGCUCUCUGAUGGUGACGGUCAGCGAGCAGCACAUGCCGCUGUGGCAGUUCCUGGUGCGACUCUGCGGCAUCAUCGGGGGAAUAUUCUCCACCACAGGCAUGCUCCACAGUCUAGUUGGCUUCUGUUUUGAUGUUAUCUGCUGUCGCCUCAAACUAGGAGUCUACAGACCCAGAGAAGAUGUGCAGCUACACAAUCAGAUGAACAAUCUCAACAAUCACCAGACUCCUCUGCUGGCUCCUGACGUCCCUCAGGAGUAGCUUUUUCUUCCGUGAAAAUGGUCAUGAAAUUGUGUCUUCUACUGAAAAACGUUAAGCUGUCUGGUAAACACUGUGUUGUUGGAAAAAAAUCUGAUCAAUGCACUUUAGGAAAAUGUGUUCCCUGUGACUACAAUCAUACUUUAUGUAAUGGAGUUUCUAGUCUCUUUAGAAAUGUUGUAAACUUUCUGUUCCACUUCCACUGUUAAAAAUUAUAUUUAUUGUUGGGUUGACUCCAUUGAAAUUGAAAUAAUAAAAAAAAUACCAGCAA